AUGGUCCGAUUCACCCACCCCUUAAUCCUCGCCACUACAGCCGCGACAAUCACCUCCAUAUCCGCUACCCCUACCCGAGGCCUCAUCGCCACCAGGAAUUCCCUUGCGACGGACCCGAACGUCGUGUUUAACAACAUCUUAGCAUCGCACGGGGCCAUUGACCUCAUAACCACGAGACUCAUGAGCUCGACCGAUGACCAGGAUGACUUCUUUCGCUCGAGCAAUGCACUUGUCGGGCUUGACAACACGCAGUUGGAACUAGCAGCCCUGUCAGAGAUAGACGAUGCUCUCGCGGUCACGCAGCCGCUGGGGGACAAGGACAUCGAUGCUUCUCUCAGCGCUGAUAAGAAGAUAGCGCAAUUCUUCCAGACCGUCAACUCCACCCCGUCGGUGGAUGUCGCAAGGGAUUGCGGCGUGGCGAUUGCUUGCCAGAGGAACGACAUUGUCAGCGCACUCAAUAACGGUGUAGACUUGUUCAACCAAGUAAUCAUUAAUAACAUCAAUGGACCGGCUGCUUUGUUGCCGAUACAGGGGCAAUUCUCCUGCUCUGGCUCGUUCAAGUAUUGCUAUUAGAGGUGGAAAGGGGCUAUAACAGUACUUACGCUUAGCCGAAGUUCCAUGAAGAAAAUUACAGGAUAUCGUGAUGGCUUCUUGUGUAUUCCGAGGG